AUGACAGAGGCCGUCGUGUAUGUCGAGGAGCGAGAUCGUAGAGCAUUAUCAGAGCCAUACAGGCCGCUCUACAGCCCAUUUUCGAGUAAGCCGGUACUUGUCCACCAGCGCAAUGAUUUCCUAGGCAAUGCCUUUACAACACAUCCGUAUCUCGGCGCCUUACUUUUCGACAACGAAAAUUCCGAGGCUAGAGAUCAUGCUGCUGCGGAGAGGACAUUUCUGUCAUGGCUUCGUCUAGCUAUUUACAUGGCGGUCGUGGCCGUCGCCAUCAUGGUCUCCUUCCACCUGAAGCGACAGCCGACAGCGAUAGAACUUAAAGUCGCCGCUCCUUUGGGCUUAAUAUUUUGGCUCCUCUCCCUCGCGUGUCUGAUUUCUGGUCUGCAUAAUUAUGUCAAGACAGUGAACCACUACUCAACACGGCAGGCGAUUGUACAGAGUGGACUAGGAACACAGCUGGUAUUCACCGUCAUAGCGUCAGCGAUUGUUGCUGCGUGCAUCUUGUUCUUGUCAACAGGAUCCGAGAAAUAA